AAGCGGAGUGAGUGGGUCAUGGUGUGGCGGAGGAGAAAGGGGGAGCCAGGCAGGGUACGAGGCAGUCUCCACACACAGUUUCGUGUAGCAGAGCUGGGCAGCGAGACCUCAACUGGGGCACAGGAAGACGACAGGUGACCACUCGUCCAGGUAUCGCAGGUGUAACAGGAGCAUCUGCCUGCACCCCAACAGAGCACCAGUCUGGGUACAGUCACCCGCUACAGGAAGCAGGACCUGUCCACUGCCAACCAACACUCACACCAAUAGCAGCGUCUUAAGAAACUCGUCUCGUCGUAAAACUUCUACUAAUUUAAAAAAAAAAUAAUCCUUUAUAACUUGCAGGAUGUGCUAACAAUUUACAAGCCCUGAUAUUGAUUUAUAAGACCUGCAAAUAAUUUAAAAGACCAGACAAUAAUUUACAUGAUCCUGCUGAUAAUUUAAAGGAACCCUAAAUAAAUGUCAAGACUCCAAAUCAUUUACAGGUUCCCUCCUUAAAUGUAUACAAGACCUACUAAUAAUUUACAAGACUUGCAAAUCAUAUUUGUUGAAGUACUCUCUGGAGACUUGCACUCUCGCGUCCCGUCACUAGCGUGGUGACGGCGUCUCCGGCCUCCACCUGAAACAACCUUCGUCUUAACCCAUCCAGUCCCUAAACUAUUUCAUACUACGUCAACCGAGGCACUUGUAACCUACCGCCAAUUCAACACUUUUCGAACGAUCUGUUCGAAAUCAAACAUAUAUUACAAGUAAUCGUUAACCUCCGAGCAUUCAUUAAUAUCAUACCAAAACAGGUUUCACAAACUUCUACAGACUGAGAUUAUUUUAAUUUCUCCACAGAAUAACUCAGUCCAUUAGUUUUCAAAUCGCUUGGGUACUCCUGAGCGUCACGAAGACCACUCAACAGAGACAGCUCAGCCUCCACUGAUCGCCAGCAGCCGUCAAGAUGCCGCUGGACCUGCGACUCUACCACGCGGGAGUUAGUGACAUUAAGAAAAAGUUCAACCAAAAAAUCGAGGAGCACAAGGCGGCGCAGCUGGACAACCCCUUCAGCGAGUGGGAGGGCGCUGGCAGCACCGCCAGGAGGCUCUCCAAGGACGACGAGGGUUAUGGCAUGCCGCUGCCAGGAAGUGCCACGGAGAGGAGGAGGCAGGCAGCGGAGGCCCGCAUCAUGACUGACAUCCGCUACCUCUGCGACAUGAUCUGGGACUGCUCGGAGUGGCGCAGCCCCGACGGCCGAGCGGCCAUAACCUUCGGCAAGCUCUUCAAGCUGUACAUCACCAUCUCUGACAAAGUGGUGGGGAUCCUGUUGAGAGCGCGCAAGCAUCACUUCGUAUACUUCGAGGGAGAGAUGCUGUACCAGCGCCGUGACGACGACAAAGUGAUCGAGCUGACCCGCUCCAUCAACACCAUCCGCGCCAGGUUCGGCAAGAAGCCCGUGGCGUCGGGAGGCGGGGAGGUUGAGCCCUGGGGCGAAACACAAGACGAUGACGAUGACGAUGACGAAGACGACGACAACCUGCCCCCCGGUGCUAUCUCCAGGAGGAACUCAACGCCAGGAGGAAUCCCGACAAGUUCCAUUUCAUCACUAACCACCAGAAGGCAUUCCAUGCCACACACUACGAGGUCGCUAUUGGCCUCUCGGGAAAGAAUAAUUUCCAGAACCGCGACAGAAGAAAAGGAAGACGAAGUCCAGGAAGAAUAUGAACAAGCUGCUUCGGCUUCAGAUCCAGAAACAAUCAAUAAUAGUGCUGAUCCUCUACCAGCUGAUGACGAGCUUCGUGAUGAUAUAGAGAGGAAAUGUAAUCUCUUAGACGCUGAAGAACAACAUACAAGAGUAUGCAAGUCCAGGUCGGCGAAUCCCUUAGUAAUGGAUACCAUAAUGGAGAAUAUCGCCCGUCCUGUAGACGGGGAGAGAGGGGGCAGCAGCGAGCUCAGGCUAACGACACAGAUGAAUACUACUCGUGAAAUAGAGGAAGAUAAUUCGGCAGGAGAGGAAGUUGCCGAAGAAUGUUAAGAGGCGACUACGGGACCAGCGAUGACAUGGUUGCUACAGAACACACCUGAAUAACAAGUCGCAUUGCAAACAUCGCAGUCAUUUAUACGUAGUAUCACGAGCUCCAUGUUAACACUAUAGCUUUGCUUAGUCCAUAUAUAGCAACUAGAGUGCUUAACUGCAUUGGUAGGUGCUCAUGGCAGUGGCUGCAUUGUUGCAUAUAAAAGCCUACGGCUAGCCUGUAUUACCACUAGAUAUUUUCGAUAAAUACGUUUCAAGCUUAUGUAAUACUUACUCUAUUUUUGGUAUGGCUUCAAAGAUCAUGAUUAGCGUAUUAGUUGAAUGCAAAACAUAUUUAUUCCAUAAUUAUAUACCUGAUAAGUUAUAAAAUGUUACAUUUGAUAAACAUCGAUAAUAAUAAUGAGUCGUUAUAUAUAUA